AUGUUUUUGAAGAUCCUUGUAUUUUUAUCGAUUUUUUGCGGGUUUUUGGAGGCCCUUCGAAUUCUACAAAUUGUACCUGGAUUUACGAACUCGCAUGUUUUGUUUAAUUAUCGAUUGGCUGAAACUUUGAGGUGGGUUUUGAGAUGAAAUUUUUGAAAUUCAAAAAAAAACUCUGAAUUAAAUUAAGGUUUCUGGGACACGAUGUGAAAAUGUGGACACAAAUGGAAAUGGCAAUGUUGGACACGGGAAAUAAUAAAUUGCCUCAAGGAGUUACCGAAUAUCGAAUUCCUAUUCAUUUUAAGGACACUUUGAAAACUGAAGGAUUGAAAGUGAGUUGGAAUAUUUUGAACUGGAAUUAAUUUUGGGAUUUUGUUUUUUUUUCAUGAAGAUGCUUACGAUUCUACUGUAUAAAAAUAUUCGAAAAAUGAUGUAACAUUCUGAAAAAUGCAACCCAAAAAUAUACAUUUCAAAAGUUCUUCCAACUUUUGAGAUAAUUUUGCAGGUAUUCCAAUCGAUGAUGUUUUCCUCCGGCGAUGCUUACGAUCUUUGGUGGACAGGUCAAGAAUUCAAAGAUAUGCGAGUCGAAGCUUGCGAACAAAUGCUUCUCCACGAUCAAAAAAUCUACGACGAUUUCCAAAAAGACGGUUUCGAUGUUGCCAUCGCCCAUUUCCACGAUCUUUGUCCUCUUGCAAUCGCAAAAAAGAUGGGUGUCAAAAAAGUGAUCUGGAUCACUCAUGGAACAUCAAUCUAUGAUUUCGCCGCUGUUCAAUUAGGCCUUCGAACUAUUCCCUCAACUAUUCCACAUCCUUUAAGUUCAUCCGGAUUUUCGCAAAACUUUUUUGAUCGUGUUAAAAAUCUUUUAUGGCACCUAACUUUGCUAGAUUUCGUGAAUCUCCCCCAAAAUUUGCUGGCUGAUGAAAACAAAUUCUAUCAAGAUAAUUUUGGAGGAGAUCUUUGGGAUCUGGCACAAUCAACAGUUCCAGCAUUGUUAAUAAAUGGAGAUCGAAUGCUAGAUUUCCCUCGUCCUCUUCCAAUUCAUAUUGCAUUUUCUGGAGAGUUGGGAGUUAGUAAAAGUCAAAAAACUGGAGUGAAAUUUGAUGGAUGGCUUGAGGAAAUUAUUGAGAAACCAUCGAAAGGUUUGAUUGUUUUUUCGUUGGGAACUGUUUCGAAUACAACAAAUAUGCCUAAACAAAUGAUUGUGAGUUUUUUUGCAGGGAAAAAUUGGAAUUUUCAAAUUUAAACUCACCCCAGAAAAUUAUAAAAGGAAAAUUGUUAUUCCCAAAAAACUCACUGUUUCAAAAAUCCUAUAAUUUUUUAGCAAAAAAAUGUUUUUCGUUAUUUCAUAUAUUGUUAAUGCAUAUUGUGAAAAAUGUUCAAUUUAAAACAAUCCUUCCACGUGGAAUUUUUUGCAGGACUCAUUUCUUGGCGCAUUCGCAAAACUGGACGAUUAUACGAUUUUGUGGCGAAUGGAGAAAAAUGUGGCGGGUGUUGAGAAAUUGAAAAAUGUGCAUUUGGUGAAAUGGUUGCCACAAAAAGAUAUUAUGAGUAGGUUGCGAAGAGAAAACACGCUUUUUCCAUCAAAAUUCCCAUUUCUCUUCAGGACACCCAAAAAUGCGUCUAAUGAUUGCUCACGGUGGCUAUAAUUCAUUUCUCGAAGCAGCUCAAGCCGGAAUUCCCGCAGUUCUAAUGCCAUUGUUUGCCGAUCAAAAAAUCAAUGCAAAACGUGCCCAAAGAUACGGUAUGGCUACAGUACUCGAUAAAUUGGAUCUGAGCGUCGAAAAAGUUUACACGGCAUGUCAAACUGCACUGAAUGAUGGAAAUUAUUUGGAAAAUGCGCGGAAAUUAUCGAAAAUGUUGGCGGAAAAAGUUGUACCCGAGAAGAAAUUCGGAGCUCUCGAAUAUUCUUUGAAAUUGGCGACGACUGCUCAGAAAACGGAGCUUUUUAGUUUGCAAGCUGCACAAAAUUUGACAUUUUUUGAAUUUUGGAAUGUUGAUUUGCUUGUUUUAGCCGGGUUUUUCGUUGUCUUUUGUUAUUUUUAA